CCUACCUACACUUUCAACUACUUAUACCACGGAGGAAACUGUGCUCAACUCAUGCAUUAUGGCGCCCGAACAGGCUCCUGGUAAAACCAGCAAGGCGCACCCAGCACGGCGCCUUGGCUCAGGGAAGCAGUCCAAUAACCCAUCACAUGAUGCCAGUACCGCACCCGUCCACAGCAAGAGACGUUACAAACCCGGCACUGUUGCCCUGCGCGAGAUUCGCAAGUAUCAGAAAUCAACUGAUCUUUUGUUGACCAAAAUACCAUUCCAGCGCCUUGUCCGAGAAAUCGCUCUCGAUGUGGUGGGACCCGAUUCCGAGAUCACCCGUUGGCAGUCCCAGGCUCUCAUGUGCCUGCAAGAAGCUACCGAAGCGUUCCUUGUCAACCUCUUCCACGAUUCAAAUCUGUGCGCUAUUCACGCCGGGCGCGUCACGAUCCAACAGAAAGAUAUGCAGCUGGCGAGGAGACUUAGAGCAGCUUGGGGCAAUCCUGUGUGAGGGAGUGGAUGGACGUAUGGAGAAAAUCGAGACGCCUGCGGCUUUGCCUCAACUCACAAAGCGAUACCGGUGAAGAGGGGCGAUCCAACACGGACUACUGUGAACGGAACGAUAGUCGUGUUUCAACCAGCAAAGCUUAUGGCUGGUGAGUGCGUAGCGAUAUUGGGAACUAUAGCCGUUUUAAUAGGAGUUCUUGUAUGCUUCACAGCAGAUUGCAUUCAUUACAUAGAUUUCGAGGUAUGAUUCAGAAUGAUCCUGAC